UAAAAAGUCAAAGAUAAAAUAUAAACAAAAGAAGAAAUGAACCUGCCCACGCGAUGGGCUGCGACUUUGACUGAUUGAGAGUCCUCCAUCCGCCUGCUCCUCCGUCGUCCUCCCAAACCUUUUACCUUUCUUUCUUUCCUCUCCAAAACUAGCGAGCUGAGAUUUCAACCUCUCUCUCUAAGAAGCAGCGGCUUUCUUUUCCAAACGCAAUCUGCAAUUUAAUCAAACAGCCACCGAAUUUUCUGGAAUCCGGUCAACGAAGAGAUGCUUCGGAUUUUGAUCGGUCAACGCCAGCUGCUUACCUGAGCUCCAACAGACCCAAACAGCGAUGAUGUCCUCCGCCUCUGUUUCUGUAUGGCUGAUUCUGCUGUUUGGCUUCUUUCACCUCCAUAAGCUCGCUGCCAACGUAGAAGGUGACGCAUUGAACGCGUUGAAGAGCAAUCUAGCUGAUCCAAACAAUGUUCUGCAGAGUUGGGAUCCGACUCUCGUCAAUCCCUGUAGCUGGUUUCAUGUCACUUGUAAUAGCGAAAGCUGCGUUACUCAUGUUGAUCUUGGCAGUGCCAAUCUCUCUGGUCAACUGGUGGCACAGCUUGGUGUGCUUUCCAAGUUGCAGUACUUGGAACUUUACAAUAAUAACAUAACUGGAAACAUUCCCGAAGAGCUUGGGGGUUUGUCAGACUUGGUGAGCUUGGAUCUUUACUUGAACAAUUUACAUGGUACCAUUCCAGCGACACUUGGCAACCUUGCAAAACUAAGUUUCCUGUAUGAACCCCCAUCCUUUUUCCAUGAUAGCAUUUCUGCUCAACCCAAUAUUGUGGUCAAGGCAUAUAGCUUGAGUUUUGACUUUUUCUCGGAAUGGAAUAUCAUAAAUGAACCUGCUCAGGAGGAUCGAGAAAUUCAUUUACGACAGCUCAAAAGGUUUUCUUUGCGCGAGCUACAAGUUGCGACGGAUACCUUUAGCAACAAAAAUAUUAUUGGUAGAGGUGGAUUUGGUAAGGUUUAUAAGGGAUGCUUAGCAGAUGGAACUCUGGUUGCUGUAAAAAGACUUAAAGAGGAGAGAACCCAAGGUGGGGAGCUACAGUUCCAAACAGAAGUUGAAAUGAUUAGCAUGGGUGUCCACCGCAAUCUGCUUCGUCUGCAUGGUUUUUGCAUGACACCAACAGAAAGGCUGCUUGUAUAUCCUUAUAUGGCUAAUGGAAGUGUGGCAUCAUGUUUAAGAUAUCGUCCAGAAGGACAACUUGCACUUGAUUGGCCAAUAAGACAACGCAUUGCAUUGGGAUCUGCAAGAGGCCUUGCUUAUCUACAUGAUCACUGUGAUCCAAAAAUUAUUCACCGUGAUGUGAAAGCGGCAAACAUAUUGUUGGACGAGGAAUUCGAAGCAGUUGUUGGAGACUUUGGGUUGGCUAGACUCAUGAACUACAAGGAUACACAUAUUACCACAGCUGUACGUGGCACAAUUGGUCAUAUAGCACCAGAGUACUUUUCAAAUGGAAGGUUUUCCGAGAAAACUGAUGUUUUUGGAUACGGAGUCAUGCUUCUUGAACUCAUCACUGGGCAGAGGGGUUUUGAUCCUCAGCGUGCGAGUGAUGAUAAUCUCAUGUUAGUUGAUUGGGUCAAACAGCUAUUGAAAGAUCGGAGGUUAGAAACACUUGUUGAUUUUGAUCUAAAUAGAAACUAUAUUGACGAUCAAGUAGAGCAGCUGAUCCAAGUAGCUCUACUGUGCACACAAGGCUCCCCAAGGGAACGGCCCAAGAUGUCAGAGGUUGUCCAAAUGCUAGAAGGCAAUAGUUUGGCUGAAAGAUGGGAGGAGUGGCAGAAAGAAGAGGUGUUCUUGUGAAACCCCGUCCCUGGAUUUCAUUGUUUAAAAUAAGUUGUGGUGGUGACAUUGAUUUAGCUAAGUGGUAGAUUGAUGAACAACUUUGGAGGAGUUUGGAGGGCAGGACAAGAACAAGAAAAGGUCUAUGUGUGCAGCAAGCAAAAUCCUUUCAUUCAUAUGAGCUUCUUGGGCCUCUUUACCUUCACAGCAGCUUACCUACCUGGGAUAUAUUUUCUUUUGGAGCCAUAAAAUCUAAAACAGUUUUCCAAGUAUACAACGAGGUUGCUGGCCUUUCAGCGCUUGACUUUGGUUACACAGAUAACACUGCAGUAUACCAUGCAAAAGGACUUCAUUUACCGUUUACAAGUCAACCCCAUAAUACCAAAGUACAAGAGAAACAAAGAUUAGAGGUCAUUUUUGCUCUAACUUGGAAUAGUUUCUAAGAUUUGUAUUGUGCAAUUGGCCAGUGUUAACUACUAAAUCGAUUAAAAAACAUUAUGUAGGGGCUGCGCUGCCAUUCAAUUACCUAUGGAAUUUAUGACAUGCAAUCAGUUUCUUUUUAGUUGAGUUCAAAUAAUGUUGAUUGCGCUGUUAUAAAGCUCUUUUUUCUUGUUAGGUUGAAAAUCUUAUUGAUAUAUUCUUUAUUUAGUUGGUCUAAUUUGUAACAGAUGAGAUUGUUUUGUUUGAUGUUUCAAUCAAAAUUUGAUCUUUUUUUUUUGUG